ACCAGAUGUGGCUAAUGUGCAGCUGUUUAUCAUAGUUGAAAAAACAUAUACGCUCAAGUAGUCAUUUGAAAUAAGAGCACCAUCUAACUACGAGCACAAAUUGUGGCAAAGAUGAAACUGGUGACCUCCAGUCUUUGCAUAAUGCAUAAUAACACACAACAGCCACAAUCUCUCUCUGCUUUGUACGUGAUAACACUAGUCAAAGUUCAGUACUCGCAAUAAACUGUUCUUUGAGAUGUGAUACACACCCGAGGAUACCUCUGCAUGUGUUUUUUUUUCUGUCAUCUCAUGCUGGAUAAAGAAUUGACAAGUACCACGAUUUUUCAAGUAGAUCGGGUUUUUGCUAAAAGCGUAAAAGAAUCACAGAAUGUCUCAAGGUUUAACAAAUAUUCUGGAGGAGUGGAAGUGUCUGGAGGACGAGUAUCAUCAGCUUCAGGAAACACAUAAAAAGUAUUUACAGAAACUGGAUGAGCUCUCAAAACUGCAGAGCAGCUGCUCUUCAUCUAUUUCCAGUCAGCGGAAAAGACUUAAAGAGAUGUCCCACCUCGAGAAAAAAUGCAGCAAAGGAUUAUCGGAGGAAGAUUUAAAGAAACUGUGUGAACUGAAAGAGAAAAUCAAGACAAGACAAAAUUACUUCUCUGAAAUGGAAGCUUUCCUUCCUAAGAAAAAUGGAUUGUACCUCAGACUGGUUCUUGGAAAUGUUAACGUCACUCUUCUCAGCAAGCAGUCAAAGUUCGCCUACAAAGAUGACUAUGAGAAAUUCAAGCUGUGCCUCACAGUCAUCCUGCUACUGUUCUCUUUCAUUUGCUAUUUCUUUGUGAGCUACAGAUUCCUUGAUGCAAUCCUCAAUUUCCUGCUGGUGUGGUAUUAUUGUACACUAACCAUCAGAGAAAGUAUCCUGAUCACCAACGGCUCCAGAAUCAAAGGAUGGUGGGUUUUUCACCACUACAUCUCAGCUUUUUUGUCUGGUGUCAUGUUGACAUGGCCGGAUGGAAUUUUGUACAAGACCUUCAGGAAUCAGUUCCUCGCCUACUCGUUGUAUCAGAGUUUUGUUCAGUGUUUGCAGUGCUACUAUCAGAGUGGAUGUCUGUACAGACUGCGAACUCUGGGGGAAAGACACAACAUGGAUCUGACUGUGGAAGGAUUCCAGUCCUGGAUGUGGAAAGGGCUGACGUUCCUCUUGCCCUUCCUGUUUUUUGGUCAUUUCUGGCAGCUCUUUAAUGGCAUAUCUUUAUUCAGAAUGGCUCAGCUCCCAGACUGCAAAGAAUGGCAGGUCACAAUGUGUGGGCUCUGCUUCCUUAUUCUGUUUGUGGGAAACUUCGUCACCACUGUUGCAGUGGUUCGUCAGAAAAUGAAGACCAAAGAUCAAAAAUCAAAGAAAGUGUGAUUUCUAGAAAAAGAAUUGUCUGUACAAAGCUGGUACAGCUCUUUAAACGCCGGCUCAUAUCAGGGUUGCCUUAAGUCACAUAACUUGCUUUGACAUUGAUGAAUAUUACAAAUAUGUAUUAACUACAUUAAGAUAUCAGCUUUGAAUUACCAGAACCAAAUGCUUCUUGCUUUCUGCCUUUCAAUAUUUCAGCAUGAGUUUUGUUUUAUGAAGACCUUUCAUUCCUGGCUUUAUUUGUGUCCAUCAGUGACAACUAACAGACAAUUGUCAUAAAGUAUACAUUUCAAAAUAGAGGCUAUUCAACCUGAGAUAAAUGGCAUAAAAGUUAUCAUGUUCUGAAAAGUUCUAAGGUUUGGUGAUUCUUGUUGCAUUAUACAUGUACAGAUGCUAUGGUUUGAACAGAUUGUGCACAACAUAUAACAAUAUAGUGUAUCUCUCUUCUGAUUGCUUGUGUCUUGCUGUUAUUUUGGCCAAAGGUACCAUUAAAGCUUGCUGUGGCCUUUGGUUAGUUUUUGUAAAGUAAAAAAAAAAAAAGAAAAAUUAAAUAAAAGAUGUACUGGUGUGCUAUUUUGUUUCUAAACUCACUAAACAUUUUUUUAAAACUAGUUUUACCAUUUGGGUUUAAAUGAUUCAAGAUAAAUAAAAAAAUCAAGCAGUAAAAACACUUUGAAGUAAAAACACUUUGGGAGUGAAACCACUUUGACAAUAUAUUAGCAAAGCAAACAACUGAAAAAUGAACUGCGACAAAACUUGAUUUGAAGUCAAAUCUACUGUCAAACUUGAGACAGCCACAUAUAUGUGGUGAUACUUUGUUCCAGGCAUUGUGUGUAAAUGCGGCUGUGCAAAUCCCCUUGUCAUACACUGAUAUUUCCACAAUUCCACACAUAACCACACCUAUGCUGAUAUUGGAGUUUCUUAGACUUUGAUGGAAGUGCUCUU